AAAAUGGAACCAAGCAAGGAAGAACCUGGACAAGAGAAAAGACACUCCCCCUCUAAAAGUAUGGUAGACCUGGAAGUUGUCAAAUCUGAUGAUGGCUCAGGUACUAAUCCUCAGGGCUCAGAAGGUCAUAAAUAUGAAGAAGAGAAACUGUAUCCUGCUAAAAUACUUGAGCAUAAAUCAACUCAGAGCGUAGAUGUUGGAGAAAGCAGGAGACCGAAUACAGCCAGGAAUAAUGAAAAGCAGAGGCUCAUUUUCAGAGACGAGCUUGGGCUGGACGAGCACUCCAACGCCCCUUCUAAAAGGAAGCUGAAGAAGAACGAGAAGAAAUUUCAGAAAAUUCUCCAAUCUAAUCGGACAAGGACCUUAUCAAAAGUCGAGAGAAAGUUCCUGUCAAUGUAUUUAAUCAAUAAGAAAACCAGCUCGAUUACUGAUGAGCAGAGGUCUAAACUCUGGCUGAUCGGGUCUGGAGCGGAAACUCUCCGUCAGGACAAUCCAGGGUAUUAUAAAAAGUUGCUUGAUAGAGUUCAGGGUUAUCCUAACCCAUCUUUCCCACAGAUUCAUCUCGACCUGCAUAGAACUUUUGGCACUGAUGAAAGUUUUUAUACUAAAGAGAAAGAAGAAACUUUGAAAAGAGUCCUGUCAGCAUACGUCUUAAGAAAUCCCACGGUGGGAUAUUGUCAAGGCCUGAAUUUCAUUACAGCAGGAUUAAUAAGCCAAUUAACAGAAGAGCAGACUUUUUGGAUGCUUUGCCAAAUAAUCGAGACUCUUCUUCCAACAGAUUACUUCAACCUCAUGACUGGAGUUCUGAUUGAUCAGAAAGUGUUCGAGACUUUGUUGGCAGAGCACUUUUCCGAUGUACAUAAACAUUUGAAAAAGUGUGGAUUUCAGCUGAAAUCCUUCACAACCCAGUGGUUUAUAUGUAUCUAUGCGAACACUCUAAAGCUGAAUUCUCCCAAAGCUGAGUCUGAAAACUUAUCUAUCUUCGAUGUCUGGGACUAUAUAUUCACACAAGGAUAUACAGGGAUAUUCAAGGUUGGACUGGCCAUCAUUGGUUUCUUAAAAGGAGAUAUCCUUAAACUAAAGGACGAAGGGGACCUCUUCAUGCUGUUCCGUGAAUGCUCGGAUAAACUUCCCAAAUUCAAAGACCUUAAUAAGUUCUUCAAGAAGCAUGAAAUCAGUCUUGAGGAAAUCAAGAAUCACAGAUUGGCUUUUAAAGAAGAGAUUUAUCAAGAAUACUUUGAAAGACACUUCAAGGAAGGAGACAGCCACCUCCUAAGAAGUUGUAAAAACAUCAAUUCUGGGCUUGAGGAGACUCUUAAGGAGAAAUUCCUCCGAAAAAUCUACCUCUAUAAUGGCAUUUCCAAACUAAGAAGCCAGCAGGAUUGGCCGCAGGAAAUACUGGACAACUUUGACGAAGAAGUAGUUGCUGGUAAUUCCUGUGACACUAAUUGGCCUAUCUGUUUGUAUGACUUUUUCUAUCAGAAUACAAUCACAAGGCAUUUCGCGUUCAAAAAUAGGCAGAAAAUAAACAUAAUAGAAGAUCAUUUUGGAGAAUCCCCUCAGAAUACAGACAGCGAGCAAGAAUUACAGUUCACUACUCGGAAGUUAGACAAUGGAUGUGAGGUAGACUUUGAUAGUGAGGAAGAACAAGAGCCUAACCGAUUAGAUGGACUCCUUCUUGAGCGCAACACUCAUUUAUGAACCCAGAAUAACUUUGAAGAGAAAUUCAAGCUUCUCUUUGGCAACAAGAACAGUGAGUUUUUCAUUGAAGCUCUUCAGAGUAUGUACCAAGACCAUGGAGAUAUGUCAUACUCUGAAAAAUGUGAGCAUUUCAUCUCCAUCUGCAACAUGCUUGCCGAAAAGGUUCCACUAUAUGAGAAGGGGAACAUCAGCAAGGAGUUCUUUGAAAACCUCAAGGAGCUUGAAUAUGCUGCUAGAAAUUCUAAGUAAUUUUCAACUUUUUUAGCUA